AUGGUGUUUUCCAGGUCGCGAUCUUCACAUAGUGGGAAUGACUUAAUAGAAAAUAUGAACGGGUACAAAGACGAUAACGAAUAUAAGAGUGAAGUUCAACUGUACAGAAUAAAACCUCAAGACCACUUUAUUGAAGCUCAAGUCCAAGAGGGCGAUACGUUGCAGGCGAUUGCAUUACGGUUUUAUUGUUCUAUUUCAGAAUUGAAAAGGAUUAAUAAUAUUCAUAAAGACAAUGAAAUUCAUGCAAGAAGAACCAUCAAAGUGCCCGUCACUCCGUACUCUGUGCUCACAGAACUCAUACCAGCAAAGCAGACGCCCGAGCCCACACCAUCAACAUCUAGCCAUAUAUCCACUAGUCUAAAUAUGAAUAAUCUACUUCAAGACCCUGUUCAGAACAGACUGUUACCCACAAAUUUGGAUACAUCAAAGAAAAUAGAAUCUAAGGAUGGCGACUACUCUAUAGAUUGUAACACUGUCGUAUUAAACAGUACUCUCACGCCUUUAGUUGUGCCUUAUACAGACUCAGAGCAGAACGAGAGUAUCUCAGAAGAUACAAAACUUUUACCAAACAAACAAAAAGUGCCAGUUGAGGCGGUCGUGGUGAAAGAGUUGACUUCACACGGUGCCGAUUUUGGUUUGAAAUGGUUCCAUCUGUUGUGUUUUGUUCUGGUUCUAGGAUUUGCUGCCCCUUUAAUAUAUGUGAUGUUUUAUUUGGACAAACCGGAACAUUCAGAAAUACCACCGUUACAUCCUACAUGA